GCAGUACUCAGUCUCAAUGUGUGUUCCUUCCUUUUCCCCGUGUGGCAGUAACUCGCACCUACACUGUGAUAGGCCUACUGAACAUGGAAUUUCGCAUGUUAUCAUAAGAAAACCAUGAGUAAUACUGUGUGAUAUCCUUCAACCACUGGUCUUCGUCUUCCCUGACCAAGCUUAUGUCCGCAGACCAACAGCAUCAGUGGCUCCCUCAGCCCUGCCACCGCCUCCAAGUCAUCCAGCACAGGCAAACCUCAGGCGGUAACAGUCUCCAGGCAGCUGCACACUCAGGGCACUAGAGGCUGUGGCUCCAUGGCCCACUCCAAGGAGAAUAUAGAAUCCUUAGCCUGUCCAGCCCCGUAACACAUCAGGGAAGAGGAAGAGGAAGGCAUAUCUUUGGUGAAGGCUUGGUCAGGUGUAUAAGGCUGCAAGAUGCUGGUGCCCGUGUUCACCCUCGACCUGAAGCAGAAGAUCCUGCCCGGCCGAGUGUGCAUCGGCAAGUAUGACAGCGCCCACGCCUGCCUCACCGCCUCCACCACCGCUGACAAGGUGUUCAUCCACAACCCACACCAGCGGCUGGGCACCGCAGGGGGGCGCAUGUCCCUCUGUCAGAGCAGUUCAGAGAUCUCACUGCUGAACAUUAACCAGACCGUGUCAGCCAUCACUGCCGGAGUGCUGACUCAGGCCCGGCAUGGAGACACGCUGGUAGUGGGCACCCCGACUAACGUGCUGGCUUACGAUGUGCAGAACAAUGCCGAUAUCUUUUACAAGGAUGUCUCAGAUGGGGCUAAUGCCAUCACCAUUGGUCGCCUGGGCCGCCACCUCUCCCCCAUGGCUCUCAUUGGUGGCAACUGCUCCAUCCAUGGCUUUGACAGCGAGGGAAAUGACCCGUUCUGGACAGUGACGGGCGACAAUGUCACCUCCCUGACUUUAACAGACUUUGAUGGAGAUGAAGAAAAUGAGCUUCUUGUAGGUUCAGAGGACUUCGACAUCCGUGUCUUCAAGCACGAGGAAAUAAUGUUUGAAAUGUCCGAGACCGAGGCAGUGACAGCUCUGUGCCCUAUGCAAGGAUCUCGGUUUGGCUAUGCACUGGCCAAUGGCACAGUGGGAGUGUAUGAGAAACUGGCCAGGUGGUGGAGGAUCAAGUCCAAGAACCAGGCCAUUGCCAUCUACAGCUAUGACCUGGAUGGUGAUGGUGUCCCGGAGCUCAUCACCGGCUGGAGCAAUGGCAAGAUUGACGCAAGGAAUGACCGCAGUGGAGAAGUGAUGUUCAAGGACAACUUUCAAUCCACCGUGGCAGGCAUUGUGGAGGGAGACUACCGCAUGGAUGGCAAGAACCAGCUCAUUGCCUGCUCUGUGGAUGGAGAGGUGCGAGGCUACAAGGCAUCCACCGCUGAAACCCGUUACUCCAUGAUGGACGUCAACAUUGAGCAGGAGACCAUCCGGGAGCUGAGCCAGCGGCGCCACACCCUGCUGCUGGAGCUGAAGAACUAUGAGGAGAACCAGCGCAUGGGAUCCUCAGGGGAGAUCAUGUACGGCAAACCCUCUACCGCCGGGGACCAAGUGGGCAUCAUCCCUGCCAACACUCAGCUGCAGACUGGAUUGGCCAUCAACAUGGGGAGUGAAGAAAAGAACAAACCACCUCAUGUAGAGAUUGCCCUCGCCACCACCAACGACACAGUGAUCCGCGCCGUCGUCAUAUUUGCGGAGGGGAUCUUUGAGGGCGAGAGCCACGUGUACCACCCUCGGGAAACAGUGCUGUCCAGUAACAUCAGGAUCCCCCUCUACCCGCCCAAGGAUGUCCCAGUUGACCUUCACAUCAAGGCCAUGGUAGGCUACAAGGCUUCCCUCCACUACCACGUCUUUGAGCUGACCCGCCAGCUGCCGCGCUUCUCCAUGUAUGCCCUGUGCACCGUGCCCGUUACCCCUCCACAGGGAUAUGUCAAGUUCAAGCUGCCUGAGAGGGUGGCAAGGGUUGUCAUGUGGGUGAACUCCAACUUCCUGCUGCUGGAGGACCUGCAGCUGGAGGAGGAUGGUGCCCUGGAUGUGUCCUUCCUGUCCCUGCGAUCCAGCAUGCCGCUCCUCAUCCAGGCCACGCCCCAAUGUGAGAUGACCAUUCGCACCAACGACAUGGAGUUAGCAGGUGACCUCAUCCAGGCUUUGGCAAACUACCUCAACCUGGAGGACCUACAGGUGGAGGCUGACUUCCCCACUGAGUUGGAGCAGCUUUCCUCACUGCUGGAGCGAGUGGAGGAGUACCACGCCACCCGACAGCGCCUCUCAGCAGAGAUGGCAGACCACUCAGGGGUGAUCCGCACGCUGGUAGUAAGGGCCGAGGAUGCCAGGCUCAUGUCCGACAUGCAGAGCAUGAAACACUGGUACCGGGAGCUGUACAACCUGAACAAGGACCUGAUCAAUGGCUACAAGAUUCGCUGCAACAAUCACCAGGAGCUGCUGAACUGCCUCAAGCAAGUCAACCAGACCAUACAGAAGGCCAGCAGGCUGAGAGCCGGCAAGUCCAAAACUGCAGUCAUCAGUGCAUGUAGACAAGCCAUCAAGAACAACAACGCGAGUGCUCUUGCAAAGAUUAUUAGAUCAGGGUCAUCAUAGAAUAGAGCUUGUUUCUGCUUUGAAGAGAAAGUAUAUUUAUAUAAUAACAUUGAAAUUAAUCUCAGCAUUUGCACAUGGUUGUACUACAAUGUAAGGAAGCACAAGCACACUGUGAUAUCUGUAACAAAGCUAGUCAUUAGGAGGAACAUGCAGUAUAGGCCUUGACUGUGGCACCUUUUGUGUUACACAUCUUGGUUAUGUAGUCAACAAUGCUGGGCAAGAGGCAGGUCCACCACAGUAUAAAGUGUGGUCAAUUUGCAUGUACUCUACCAUUCCAAUUAGUACACACAAGACAAAAAAUGCUCUAGGAAAAUCAAGCAGAGGUAUAAAAAUGAAUUACAGUGAACAGAAGUAAAGGUUGUAGUGUGGAGGCCAAAUGGAGCAGUAAAAGGUUGGCUCAGGUACUGUCCAAUCACUGGCUAACCAAAGCUGCCUGUGCUCCAGUUACAAGCUAUAAAUGAAAGAGUAUAGUA